AGCUUUUAGUCUUGGUCGGUUAUUGGUGCUGUGUGGUUGGUGAAGGCGACACAAGUCCGUGUGGCGGCAAAGUUCUCGAUUCUCGAUUCUCCGUUCCCGAUUCUCCGUUCUCCACUCCAGUUUGCUCCAGUCCCCGAGUCCUGAAAAUCGCGAUAAAACCGAGGACACUCGUGCGUACGUGCGAUUGUGUGAGUGUUUCAUUUGCCAAGGUGUGUGUGCUUGUGUUGCAGUGAGAUGGCAAAUUAUGAAUAAAAUGUAAGCGAAAGUAAGGAGAAACAAACUAAGUCCACUGCAGUUGGGUGAAAGAAAAGAAAACUAAUCCCCCUCCCAGUUGAAAUCCACGAAUUUAUUCUCAUCAGCGAGUGGAACUUUCCCAUCUCUUCCUCCUUAGUUUGACAAAUUAAAAUGCAUAAAUUAUGAACGAAAGUACCGUUACGUGCGUGACAACCAAUCAUUUGUUAUUAUUAUGCACGUGGGCCAGCGCCAACAAAAACGGUGAGAGAGCGAAAGGUAAACUUGGCUAAAACACUGUCGCCCACAAAAACGCCAUCCCACUGAAGUUCUCUAAAGUUCUCUGGAAAAAUAGCGCUAAGCCAAAAACAAAAGAAAGGCAUCGCCGGCAAGGCAAUAAAUGGUCUUAGGCGAGUUUUGCUGAUAUUUCAAUUAAAUUCAGUGCGUUGGGAGACACAAAAAAUAACGAAACAGGAAACUACACCGAAAAAGGAAACGAGACUGCGAGACAAAUACAAAUAGUGGCAGGAUAUAACAUGUAAAUGUGACUGGCCAUAGAUGUCUCUGUGUGGGCGAAUGCUUAAUAGGAAAAGCAAAUAGCAACGAGCUCAUGGAAAAUAAAUAUAAAUAAGCCAACGACAGCGACAAGCAAAACAACAAGAAAAGCAAUUGGUUGACGCUUUCCCUCGUUGGCGGUCAAGGAAAAUUUAUUGCAUUGCACAAAUGAGACAUGAAGAAAACGCAAACGAAUGAAAGGCAAACAUAGAAAAGCGCGAGCAUGGACAAGAAAAAUAACCGAAAAUUCCGCAACAAAUUGAAAAACUAAAGUUUUAGCAGAAGCAACUAACAGGGAAACGCAGAGUGUGAAAAGAAAACACAGCAUGGAUCCUGCAACAAACUGUCGAUAUUCAUUAGCCUAUGGCGCCCUCAUCUUUUUGCUGCUCCAGCUAUGCUUCGAAUCCGUGGAAUGCCUGACAAUGACCGAAAUCAAAAUCCCCAAGCACAUCAUGCGCCACGAGGAUGCCGUGCUCGGCUGCAAGUUCGAUCUCGACGGGGAGUCACUGUACUCGGUCAAGUGGUACAAGGAUGGCUUCGAGUUCUACCGCUAUGUGCCCAGGGACAUGCCCCCGGGCCAGGUUUUCCCGCUUCCAGGAGUGGAUGUUGAGUUACAAAACUCGACGGACGUGGUCGUUGUCCUGCGCUCAGUUAGUCUUCAGUCAACUGGCCGAUAUCGCUGCGAAGUGUCCGGCGAGGCGCCUUCGUUUCAGACGGUUUCCGGUCACGAGGACAUGAUUGUUGUGGUGACCCCGAAGCACGGACCACAAAUCACCGGCGGACAGCCGCGGUACCAACUUGGCGACAUGGUCCGCGUCAAUUGCACUUCGGCGCCAUCCAGGCCGGUCUGCCAUCUCAGCUGGCUGAUUAACGGGAUGCACGCGAACCGCUCCCUGCUGCGACCUUAUGAACCGUUGAUUGUGGGCCGCGAGGGGCUGGAGGUCGCCCGAUUGGGCCUGGAGUUCCGGGUGAAGGGAUGACAUUUCAAGCAUGGCGACAUGAAACUAAAGUGUGUCGCCAAAAUCUCCUCCGUGUACUGGCAGAGCAACGAGGAAAGCGUGGAGAGCGACAAGCACCAGAGGAUUCCCGUGCUGGAGUCGCGGGAGACGGUCAUGUCCAAGUCCCGUCAGUCCAUGGACAAGGCUCAGUCCUCGGUCGAAGACAAACAACUGAAGAAGAGCCGACGCCCUGCUGCAGCAACUUCAGCGGCCGCAGCUGCAGCAGCAGCAGCAGCAGCCUCGUCCAGCGCUAGUAGAGCAACUGUGGCGCCAUUUGGGGCGAUGUGGGGCUCAUCGGUGCCCUGGUCACGCAUAUUAGCUUCCAAAUCAAUUGCACGCAUUUCCCUCUACGCGCUGCCAGUCUUAAUAGCAUUUCUCUGUAGCUUCCGCCCGGCAGUUGGGCAGGGAUGUUGCUGUCAGAGGAGCACUGGCUGCCGUGGCAGCAUCACAAGCAGCACAAGCAGCAACAUCAACAGCAGCAACACGGGAAACAGCAGCAACAUCAACAGGAGCCGCCUGUCUAGCCAAUUAAGCGAGAAGGCUGUUCAGCGUAGAUAACAAUUAACCUGGAAGCAAAUGAACAGUGGAGCCAGCCACUCGGCCUAAAACCCCAUAGAGUUCUGUGUGUAUAUAUUUCAAUUUUUGUCACAUCAAGUAUACGCCGCGUGUGCGGCUCGCUUAACUAGUGUAUGUACAUAUCAGUAAAUCUACUGUACUUAUAUAUUACACAUUUAUUAGUGAAGCAUUGAAAUGUCGUUGUUCCUCUUUGGCCUUUUUUGCUUGUCGUCUAAGGGAAAAUGCUCAAAGUUGUUGGCUAAGAAAUUGCUUUAAAAGUAAGAGGCAGUCAAAUAUUUUCAAUGGAACGCAUAACUGUAUAAAUGAACUCAAGUAAGUAGCCAAAGCCAUAGAAUUUAAGAAACUAACGUAAGACUCAUAAGCUAUUAAAAUUUUAGGAUAACAGCUGUACACAUUGUUCUAUUGAAAGAAAAUAACAAAUUUUCGAUUAAGGCUCUGGUUUUAAUUAAAUCUUAGAAUGUAAUCUAGCCAACGAAAUCCUAGAAUGUAUUUCAUUUGGUACAAGAAAAACCAUUUUAAUAUUAUUGUCAUAUCUCAUAUAACGUAUCAAUUUCUCACAUCGAAGUCUAAAAACUGUAAUUACAUUAUUUUCAUUUGUUCUAACUUUUUGUUGGAGGAAGUAUGAAUAAUUUGUCUAUUCAAGAACCUUUCCAUAAUCGAAUGUGUGAUGUUUAUUUUAAUGAUUUUGCUGCACUUAAAUGUAUGGCGCACAACUUAAGGCAUAUCUCUGCUGAGAAAAUCCUUUUCUCUCUUGAACGAUGAACAGAUGGUUAAGUGUUACCUAGACUAAGAUCAUUACUAGCGAAAUCAUAUCCAACCAUAGACAACUUAAGCCAAAAUCCCUGUGUAGCGUAAAAUAUAUGCGGAUAAUGAAUGUUAUUAAGUCUUUAAAGAAAUAAAGAAUGCAAAAAAAAAACAAAUUA